AUGGAAGAGUCACCAUGCUAUCUGCUAAACCUGCCGAAUGAGCUGCAAAAGAUGAUUUUUGAUAAAAUUGAGCCGCAAUAUAAGUGAGUUUGAUUUUUCUUUUACGGGAACCAGACCUGGGAAAUUUUUACGUGACACCGUAAAACGUAAAAUAGGAAUUUUACGGUUUUAAAAAUCGUAAAAUUCGUAAAAUUUUUUUUACUCAAUCAUUUCACUGAAAAACAGCAAAAAUUUAUUCAAAAAUUGGGAGUAACUUAUUUUAACUCCAACAUGAUUUUGACAAUAAUAUUCUCCAUAUCCUUCAACAAAUUAAUUAAUUAGGAUUCAGUCAAAAUUUCUUUAAAAAUGUUGUUUUUUUUGAAGUUUCAAUUUUAUUCUGUCAAAAUUCACUAUAUUAUAAUUGUAAGUGAUUUUUUUACGAAUUAUUCUACGAUUUUUUGAGCCGUAAAACCGUAAAAUAGGAAUUUUACGGUGAAAUCCCGUAAAAACGGUAAAACGGGGAACACCCACAAAGAGAUAUUCGAGUUAAAAUUCUACUCACGACCAUACAAGGCGCCCGUUGAGUCAGACGCGAGACGACGAGAGUAUUUUGCGAAAAUAUCCCAAAAAUGAAAUUUCGCUUCGAGAUAUUUUCAAUAAAACAUGUGUUCCUUGAAACAAAAUACGGUAUUUUUUCAAAGGGACACAUAUUUUCUAAAAAAUAUCUCGAAGCGAUGUCUUUCUCUGUCUUAUUGCCCCCACGUCCAGCGGAUGUGUGUGUGUGUGCAAACACCGCGACACACUUUUGUACAGGAAGAUUUGAAGUUUCAUAUUUUCACAAUAUUUAAUCUCUAUCUUUUGUUUGGUUCAAGUUUAGCCCGGUUAAAGUCAGAGGCAUCGUGGGUGGUCUCCGUCAACCGGAAUAGCUGUCUGACCGCCUUUAACAACCUUAAAAUGAGCCAAUUUCAGGGGUAGCUUUGGAAGAUGUUCACGAAAGUGUCGUAAAAUUUGGCAAGAUUCCAAAAGUGCAUUCGAUGCAAUUUGCUGGGAGAAAACCUCGUUGCAACUUGUGCUAUCUUUGAGUGCUUCAUAUCCAUUUGUUGGAGGAAAAAUGGAAUUCAAUCUAGUAUCUAACAAAUAUAGAAUGUAAGUUUUGCCACGUCAUAGCAUGUCUUAGGCUUCACAGCGAAAUAAAAACAGUUUUUUUUCGAGAGAGAAGAGACGCGAGACGAAAAAGGGAUAUGGAAAACUCCUCUUUUUUCAAUUUACGUACCUAAAAAAAUAAAAUAAUUUUUUUUGCAGGGUCCCAAACGAUAAGCAAUUCAAAAAAUGUAAAAAUAGCUAUGAAUUGGCGCAAAAAAAGUUUGCCGCAAAACUCGAAAAAUAUCAAAAAACUGUGAAAAGUAUCACAAUCUAUGGAGAAUGUCCAAUAACUUUACGAAAAGUUCGAAAUUUUCCCGAUUUACAAUAUCUUCAUUUAUCCGGCGAUUAUUGUCAGUUUUACGGCGAACUUCUAACAAAAAUUGGAACAAAAUUGAAAUAUUUGAAGAUUUGUUCCAGUGUCGAUUAUUCGAUGUUUGAUGCAAUUUAUGAAGCUCGAGAUUUUUUGUGGAUCUAUUUCGAGCUGAAUCGUGAGCAAUUGCUCAGAUUAUCCGCAAAAGAUAUCGAAAUGCCGAUGGGGAAUUUGAAAGCCGAAGAUAUUUUUGAUUUCAUUCAAGGAUGGCUGGAUGGAACAAGAGUUCUAGAUUAUUGUAAAUGGAAUAAUAUUGAGUAUUUUGAUGCUCGAAAAUUGUUUUGGUUAUUCAAUGCUCGAUUGAAUCAUGCGGGAUAGUGAGUUACCCUAACUUUUCCAAAAGUUAUCACAAAUCACAAUUUUUUUUCCAGCAAACGAAUCAGUAUUCGAGGACCUGGUUUAAAAGCAGCAAUUCUGACUUACAAUAGCAAUUUUCGAUUGUCGUUUAAGACAAUUAAGGAUAAAAAUUUUGAUUGGAAUUAUGAUUCGGAUGGUGAAACAUAUUAUAGAGCUAGAGCUGGUUCGGGUUAUAAAUUUGCGGAAGAACUUGAUGAAUAG